AUGGCAAAUGCCAACUUCUUAGCAUUGUAUAUCACAAUAUGUGUACUCGCUUUUGUUGCUUCAAAGCUAAUUAUAGCAACUCUUUGCUACCGUCGCUGGAAGAGAAAACAAAUGCUUGUUCAAGACAGUUUUUCAGGUGGGAAACUUGUCUUGUUCAGUUCACCGAAGAUGAAAGCUCUAAAGACUAAUAUGUUCUUGAACAAGACCAUGAAAUUGAGCAACAAGGACAUUAUUGGAUCAGGAGGUUAUGGGACAGUUUACAAACUGUCCAUAAAUGAUUCUGUAUCUUUUGCAGUAAAAAGACUCAACAGGAUAAGUGCAGAACAAGAUCGAGGCUUCGAGAGAGAAUUAGAGGCAAUGGCGGACAUUAAGCAUCGGAAUAUAGUUACUCUUCACGGAUAUUAUACUGCUCCCAACUAUAAUCUUCUCAUCUACGAGCUCAUGCCUAAUGGAAGUCUGGAUGGACUGCUAUAUGGAAAAUCUUCGAACGAGAGGGUUCUGGACUGGACUUCAAGGUACAAAAUAGCAGUAGGAGCUGCAAGAGGGCUGGCAUACCUUCAUCAUGAUUGUAUACCGCACAUUAUACAUAGAGAUAUCAAAACGAGCAAUAUAUUGCUGGAUCAGAAUUUGGAGGCUCGAGUAUCUGAUUUUGGAUUAGCCAAAUUGAUGGAACCUGAUAAGACUCAUGUUUCAACACUAGUUGCUGGAACAUUUGGAUAUCUGGCUCCUGAAUAUUUUGACACAGGAAGAGCAACCAUAAAGGGAGAUGUCUAUAGCUUCGGUGUAGUUCUACUGGAACUUCUUACAGGGAAAAAGCCAAAUGAUGAAACAUUCAUCGAGGAGGGAACGAAGCUUGUAACCUGGGUAAAGGCAGUUGUUGAAGAGAAGAGGGAGGGAUAUGUAAUUGACAGAAGGUUAGAAGAUUAUCAUGUUGAAGAGGUCAACCAGGUAUUCAGUAUUGCAAUGAUGUGCCUCGAACCAGAGCCAUCCAAGAGACCUACCAUGUCAGAAAUUGUCAAGAUGCUAGAGCAAGUAAAGUCAUACCAAUUCGUACCAGAUUUGCAAGAAAUGCCAAUUGCCUAACUUUCCAAAGGAUGGAGGGUUCUUAUUUCUGGUUAUUAGAUUAGUGGAGCAAUGCUCUUUCCAAAGUGUUCAUAGUGUAAAAAACAAGAUUUAGAGCAGUUCAUUCAUGUAGAAAGCUAUGAUGAGCAUUGAGUGUCAGGAAUGAAAACAACUGAGCAGAAAA